AAACAAGGUAUGCGGGGUGCAUAUUCAUAUGUACCAAUUAAGAUAUCCACUCGACUUCUGCCGAAUAUUGCUUCAUAUGUAACGUGUGCGAUAGCAGUCAUUUGGAUAUCUAGAAUGUUACGUAUUAUCACGCUAUGCCACACGCAUACUAUUUUAUUAUUUUAUUUUUAACCUCUGCGUGGAUGUUUACUCCAAUUGCCAAAAUGGAUGUAAGUCCAUUGAUGGAAAGUGUUAGUUUCAAUUCAAGAUUAAUUAAACAAUCCUUCUAUUGGAUAAAUGCAAAGAAUAAAGAAGAAAUCGAGGUAUGUUAGAGUUUAAUCUAUAUAUAUAAAAAUGAAUGCCACUUUUCGUUGUAAUUUUAUAACUCAAGAACGGGUUCACCUAGCCAAACCAAAUGUUUAGGCUUUGUUCGGACUAUUUAUUAGAUGGUUUAUGUGAAGUUUGCACAAAAUCGGUCAAGCGGUUCUUCAUUUAUCACAUUUUUUGUAAUAAAUGAAUUAUUCAAUAAAUGGAGGAUCAUUUUGUUAAUGGGGAUUUUGCUGUCAAAUUGAAACUUUUUUUCAGCGUUGACGUUGUUAUGUCAUUGAUGUGGUCAUUUCAUAACUUAUUUUAUAGACCUAUCUAUUUUACCAGACAAAGAGGUAAUAAUACGAAAACUUCAUUAAAUAAAAAAAGACACAGAAUGCUCAUUGCGCAAGACGAGGCAAAACGUACCAAAUUAUGUUAGACUUACGUAUAGCAAUCCGUCCUUCUUAUUUGCACAGGAUAAAAAGGAAAGGAGAAAAACCGCGUGUUGUGCAACGUAUUUGUCAAUGAAAAUGUCAAACAACCUUUGAAUGACACUUGUCAAGUUGAAUAUCAAUUUUAGAUUUAUUUUUGUCAGACCACGUGCAAUGAACAAGGAUAAAGAGAUGCCCAGCGUGCAAAACGAUCACCUCACACCUGUAUUAGCUAGCCAAUAAAAAGACAUUGCCUCGUGCUGCGCGCGCAUACCAGGUAAAAAUAGAUAGGUCCAUUUAUUUAUGAAAAAAAAUUUACUAAGCCCGCAUACGGCGCCAUCUCUGCGCUAGAGAUAGAUUUUUUUUGUUUUCCUUACAUCCUUUGAACAUUCCUGUGCCUGAGUUUAUUUAUUUGGUGGUACACUUUACAAGAAUAACGCCCAAAAGCUGCCUAAAAAAGGAUGACUUCUGAUCCAGAGAGUACCUAAACAUUAAUUUUCUUCAACCAAAGCCAAAUUCACCAGCGAAAAAAACUAAAUUUAAUUCAGCUAAUAGAUACGUUAACACAACAUUUAAUAGGUAUAUUUAAUAAUUCAGAGGCGGUACGAAGUUCGCCGGGUCAGCUAGUUAAGUAUGUUUAUUUGAUGACCGAAAGUCUAAUUAUUUUAUCAACCCAUUCUUUUGGCGCGUAAGUCAUUAGUUGGCGGUGUGAGGUUAUAAAACAUGUAUGAACUCCAGUGUUGACAACUUAGUGGGAAUCCUGCUAAAUCUAGUAGGUUUUAAAAACGCGUCUGUAGGAUUUUCAGCACUUUUUACUAGUAAAAUACUAUCGUGUAUUCUAAGUUUUCUGACUGUUUUCAACCAAUGAAAUGCGCUCUGACUGGUUUGUUAUUUCCCUAGCAACAGACCUAUUAUUUUGCUGAUUCUGAAAUGGCGAAAAUGAAAAUUUAUAAUAAAAAUUAGAAAAAAUGGAACAUGUUACGAAAAUGAUAAAUUUAUCGUAACAAAGUAUAAAAGUCGUUAAAAGCUGAGGUGAUACAUCAUAAAGCACUUACGAAGCAUUUACCAUUCAUCUACAACUGAACGUCGGUCGGUGUUUUCCAUGUUCCUGCUGGGUGUGAAGUAAGCAGGCGAUUUCUGAAAAACGGAACUUGGUCCAAGAUGGAUAAGCUAGUAGGUUUUAUUUGUUUAUCUGUUAUUUUGGCUGUUAGUCUCAAUGAAGUAACAGCAAAACCCCAGCACCCUGUCGGAAUUAUAAAUGGAACUACCGCAGAAGAUGGAGAAUUCCCAUACAUUGUUCAAUUACACGAUGAUUUCAAUUAUUUCUAUUGUGGUGGAUCAAUUAUAGGCGACAGAUGGAUUUUGACGGCUGGCCAUUGUGUUUGGGAUAGUCAAUUCGAUCAUGGCGGAAGUAUUCUCUUGGGAACCAAUGUCUUAGGUGGAGGAAAUGGCACCAAAAUUGAAAUCAUAAAUAAAUAUUGGCAUCCACAAUUCAACUAUAGCCGGACUACUGCAGGAGAUAUCCCAUAUUUUGAUGUUGGUAUUAUGGAGCUUGAAAAACCUAUUACAUUCGAUUCCAAAGCCCAACCAAUCAAAUUGGUUGAUUCUGAUGAUCAGAUACCAUUCCACAAAAUUGGGAAUCUAUGUGGAUGGGGUACAAACGACACUUAUGGAGAAGAUAUGCCACUUUUACAAAAAGUCAGUUUGCCACUUUUGACCGAUAGUGAAUGCAGGAAAGGAAUUGCCGACUUCGGUCGUGGGGACGUCUUCAAUAGUUUCCAUAAUUUGUGUACUGAUCAACACUACAACGGAGCAUGCUACGGUGAUUCUGGAAGUCCUUUUGUCAUUGAUGGAAUCCAAUAUGGUAUUGUUUCUUGGGGUUUGCCACCUUGCGGCGCCGCUCCAGGAACCUUGACUCGUAUUUCUACACCUUCCUAUCGUGAAUUUAUCAGAAAUGUGACUGGCAUUUGAAAUUAAAAUAAUAAAAUAAAUGUAGAUAAACCAAUAAUAAAUAGUUAUUUAUUAUACAAGACAGUAAAGCUUUCUUACCGUCGUGUGUAAUAUUCUAUUUUAUUCUUGAGCAACUUUUUAUUUAUCACAAUUACUAAAAUCAUAAGCUAAAAUGUGCUAAAUUUUACAUAGAUUAUGACAAGUUGACAAAGUACCUAACAAACUGACACAUUUCUGGUGUUGUCAAUCAUGCAAUAUAUCAGAUUUCUGUCAAAAACACUAUAAUUAUUAUAAAAGAUUUGAACGAGUGGUUAAAAUUGACGGCAUUCACGUAUGAGUGGGUAAAAUUGACGUAUGAGUGGAUAAAAUUGACAAAUGAGUGGGUAAAAAUUGUUCGAUUCCACUACUUCAAAUAAAGUGUUACUUUAACAUUGAGUUUUGAGUCGAUUGAAUGAUAGUUUACCAUUCGCGAUAGAAUAAAAUAUAUUACUUUUUAUUUCCUUAGCCUAAGAAACUGC